AUGCCAGGUGAAACGACAACGUCGUCGUGGAAGGAUGGCAUCUUCCUCAAGAUUGUAAACAUUAUCGUCUUCUUCUUCUUCCUCGGAAGCAACAUUUACACCAUUGCUGGUCCAGGCGACAUUUACCGCCACUCCAAGGAAACGUACCUCACCCCCGCCCAUUGGACCUUUGGCAUCUGGUCUCUCAUUCAUCUUCUCCUCCUCGGCUCCCUCUUUUACCAGUUCACCGACUCGGGCAAAGAAGUCAUCAUUGACGGCAUCGGCUGGCGUCUCCCGCUCCUCGCCAUUCUCAACGCCAUUUACAUCAAUGUCUGGAGCCGCGGACACUAUGUCAUCGCGUUCAUCCUUGCUCUCUUCGUGAGCUCGGCCGUUUCGCACAUUUACUACAUUGUCAAGAAGCACCAUCACGGAAGGAACCUCGGUGACGAGGUCUUUGUCCACCUCCCCUUCUCGCUCUGGCACGGAUGGACGACCGUCCUCAUUUUCCUCACCGGAUUCGAAGCCUUUGGUCGCGACGCAUACACCCACCGCGCAGGCGUCUGGACCAAGAUUUUCGUCUUCCUCUCCCUCUUCAUCCUCGAGGCCACCUCUGCCGCAUACGCCUUUUCCUCUCCCGAAGGUGACCUCGCGGGCUCGAUUGCGAUUACGUGGUCCCUUUUCGGUAUCUGGGCACGUCAGAGCCGUGUUGGUGGAAGUGGAUUCGUCGGUAUCACCAGCUUGAUCUUUGCGUCCCUCUCCGCCUUUUGGGUCCUCAAGGGUCUCUAUGGCAUUUAUAUCGCCAAGGGAGAGUCGCGUGGUAUUCUCCAUGAUGAAGAGCGUGCGCCACUUGUUGGUCACUAA